UCAACCUCUUCAACUAGCAAUGAUUCGAAAUGUACGUGCACCCACAUCCGCGAUUGAAACUGUCCGGGGGAGUGUCACUGGCUAGAAGCACUUUCUUCCUGUUUCACUUCAACGAACUUGGGAGUUAUUCCUUGUAAUUGUGUGAAUGUCGGGGAACAUUAGCUCCACAAAAGUCAUCCAACCGCUAGCGAGCUACUUGCCAGCUGCUUCUAGCAGGCGCUUACGACCCCGGGCUACCUGAACCAGGUAGCUAUAAUGUUGAUCAUUUCCACUCGAUAAAGACUUCCAGUUAGCAGCAGCUGGCUAGCUACUAACGUUAAGUUUGCUAGCCAGCUAUUAUGGGCAAAGGUUAUGCGUUCGCUAGUAUCUGUACAGCUCAAAUGUAUUGCUAACGCAAGGCAGUGAACCAAAGUGCCUGACAACAUCAGAUGAAUAGGUGUGGAGCAUGUGGGCGUCCUGCUGUAACUGGUUAUGUUUGGACACUGCUACGGUGGAGGAGAGCAACAGCCGCACGCGUCACCAGGCCUAUACUAACUCAGGCUACAGCAACUACCCGUCGCCCCCACUCCCGGACCACACGUGCAAAGCCUGCGGAAGCCGCUUCGUCACCCUAGCCAGAAAGCAUGUCUGCAUGGACUGCAAGAAUAACUACUGCGGCAGGUGUUCGGCCCAGCUUGAGCCCCGUCCACGCCUUUGCCACACCUGCCAGCGGUUCCACGGCACACUUUUCGAUCGCACCGAGCUGAUGAAGGUCAAGGUGAAGGACCUGCGCGACUACCUCCACCUGCACAAGGUCUCAACGCAGAUGUGCCGUGAGAAAGAGGAACUGGUGGAGCUGGUCCUGGGACAGCAGACACAGUCACUCUCUGGCCCAAUCGUAAACCCUCUGACCCAAACCGCCACCCAGCAUGAGACAACUCCUCCUCCAGCACACCCCACCACCACCACACCCUCUACACACCCCGAAUCCACCUCCACAGACCAUGCCCCUUCACAGCCGCCACCCACUCAGGAGGACAGUCAGUCCUCAGACACAGAGGAGGUGCUGGUGCCAGGCCGCAGGGCGUCGCUGUCCGACCUGGCCGUGGCAGAGGACAUCGAGGCCCUCAGCGUCCGGCAGCUCAAGGAGAUCCUGGCCCGUAACUUUGUCAACUACAAGGGCUGUUGCGAAAAGUGGGAGCUAAUGGAGAGGGUCACCCGCCUCUACCACGACCAGAAGGACCUCCAGAAUCAUCUGGUUUCAAGUACAAACGACGGCACAGACCCCAGCGGUACCCCUGGCCAGGAGGAGAACCUGUGUAAGAUCUGCAUGGACUCUCCCAUUGACUGUGUCCUGCUGGAGUGUGGCCACAUGGUCACCUGCACCAAGUGUGGCAAGCGGAUGAACGAGUGCCCCGUCUGCAGGCAGUAUGUGGUGCGGGCCGUUCAUGUCUUUAGAUCCUGAGACCCAAGCCUUGGGAACCCCACCCCCACCUCCCGUAAAUAAACAAGGGACUUCCUUCUUGUGGCCUUACCACCCAUAGACUAGACGAGGGGUAUUAAACUCUUACCCUAUGGGGUCCGGAGCCAGCUGGUUUUCUGUUCUACCUGAUACUUAAUUGCACCUACCUGGUGUCCAAGGUCUAAAUCAGUCUGGGAUUUAGAGGGGAACAAUUUAAAAAAGCAGUGGAACUGGCUUUGAGAUCCAGAGUUGAGUUUAAGGGGACUAGACUAACCACCUCUCCCUCCAGAUCUCCACUGCUCAGAUGGUCCUUGAGACCCUGAGUAGUGGUUCCUCCUGUUGGAGGGACGAACAGGUGAGGUGAACCUCAUUAUCCCUUUGAUAAACCACACAAACCCAAUGACUGGACAUGGGCACUUCCUACUGUUAUUGACUGGACUUCUAUAGUUCAUAUCCCAAGCUGAUAAGGAUAUGUCUUAUUAUUAGAAUAAGAGAGUGCCUGUAUUAAACAGGCAAUACCAUAUUUAUUUAUUUUUCCUUUGGAGACCUGCAUAUAAACACAAACAUUUCAAAGAUUUUGCCGAGUUACAGUUCAUAUAAAGAAAUUGGUCUACUGAAAUAAAUUCAUUGGGCCCUAAACCAUAGAUUUCAAAUUUCUGUAAAGGGGUGCCGCCAUGGGUUGGCAUAGGCCCACCCGAUCAGAAUGAGUUUGUCCCCCCACAAAGGGCUUUUAUUACAGACAGAAAAACUCCUCAAAUGUUAGUGGCCUUUUAUUGUCCCAGCACAAGGUGCGCCUGUGUAUUGAUCAUGCUGUAUAAUCAGCUUCUUGAUAUGCCACACCUGUCAGGUGGAUGGAUUAGCUUGAAAAAGGCAAAAAUGCUCACCCUCAGGGAUGUAAACAAAUUUAUGCGCACAAUUUGAGAGAAGAUUUCUGGGAUCUUUUAAUCAGCUCAUGAAACAUGGGACCAACACGAAACAUGUUGCGCUUAUAUUUUUGUUCAGUGUAUAUAUAAGCACCAAGUGCUCUUAAUAAUGGAUUAGAUUGAUGUAACUGUUAAGAGUUGAACCCCAGUAAAAGGGAAAGCAUUUACAUUAGUGGUUGAGCUGAGAACACAUCCAUAGGAUUUCCCUAUGUGUCUUGUCGAUACUCUGCGCUUAGCAAAGCAGGAACCCCCUGUGGUGGUAUAGUGUAAAAGCCAACCCAUAGACACUGCAUACAUUGUUUAUCAAUGAAGCAAAGCCUGCAGAUGUUCACUCAAUCCCUCUGCUGUAGAAUCAGGUGGACACGCAGUUUUAGUGCUUACGUUUUAGCGUGGUCCCAGAUCUGUUUGUGCUGUAUAGCCAACUCCUAUGGUUAUUGUCACGUCAAACCGAGAGUUCCCUGAAGGAGAGGCCCUUUUUCCACUGCAAACGGCACUAUCUGGCAUACUUUGUAGAAAGACACUACGGGGGCCGUACACCAACACACCACAAGGAGAGAUGACCGCGAAGGUGAAGAGGGACAGAUAGGUCCUGACCAACGCAACAAACCACAAAGGCAGAACUACUACCAGAGGCUUCCGACCAAGGGUUUUGCAUGACAUCGACCAUAGGAUUUGGUUAUACAGCACAAACCGAUCUGGGGACCAGGCUACUUAUGCUGACAGUGGAAGAGAAUAUGUGGAUCAGUGGUCCUUCACUAUUCCAACUAUAUACAAGUGCUUUAUCCUUCCAAUACUCAACUGCUCAUUGUAUUUUUCAGCAUCAACAUUGACCAAAGGCCCUUACACUUGCUAUUGUAUUUUUUUAAAUAAACCAAAAUAAACCAUGUCAGAAUAGCCUGGUGUAUAGCUAAAUCUAGUCGUGCAUAAGCAUAUAAUUCACUAGUUGUGCACUAUAUGCGUUGUCAUGACACACAUACAUAAAAGAUGAGUUGUUGAAAGCACAAGCAGAUCUUUGGCAUUGCCCAAGAUGAAAGUUAAAGCUCUUAAAGACAUCUCAUCCAUUUCGCUAGCCAAGUACCUUAACUCCACAAUGGGACUAUCGUUUUUUUAAACUAACCUCUGACUCUUUCGAGUUGCUAUGAGGUCGAUAUUUUUUUAAAUCAUUAAACCCUUACCGUGUACCUAUGUUUGUCCUCUGUUGCAUGCCUUUCAUUGUUUGCUGAAUACUUUUUAAUAAAACCAAAUACAACAACUGACUGUUUCCUUUUUGAGAUUCAAUUGGCACAUGCGUCAUCGCGCUGAGUUGCCAUCUUAGAGCGACAGCAAUGUGGAAACAGUCGGUGGUUGUAUUUGAUUAACGUUUUAUAAAAAAUGUACACAAAGGGAUUUACACAAAGGCAUGUAACAACAGACAAACAUGUACAUGGUAAAAGGUUAAAUAAUUUAAAAAAAAUGAAGUAUCAACUACAUAGUAGGAGGUUCAUUUAAACUAGUCUGCGCUCAACUGGAUGAAAUCAUUGUGGAGUUGAGGAACUUGGCAACCGUUUGGCAUGAGUCUAAAGGCUCAACAAUGGCGAAAGUAUCUUGAACAAUCCAUUGUCCAUUAUCAGCUAUAGGUAGUAUAACUCCGAUUAAUACAGGUAGUUGAGUGUUUUUGCAUACUCCGGUGCUAAACCUCCAGUCCCUCCCAUCCCAGCUGAACAUAAUGAAAGAUUGUUUGACUCUUAAUAAGUGGCCUUCAAAAACCAGCACCUUUACUCAUGACAGUGAGCACACACUGUACUUUUGAAAAUAAUGUAGCUUUGUGAAAUCGUGUGCUUGCUCGGUUAGAUGGAAAAUGUGUAUUGUCGAGAUGAUAGAGCUGUGUACAUUGCACUAAGCUACAUUUAAAAAAAUGUAGCUUUGUAUUGAAUAAGUAAGGAGUCUGGAUUUGAGAUGGUGCCCUUGUGUCCCAAAUUCUACCCUAUCCCCCAUAUAGUGCACUAUAUAGGGGAUAGGGUGCCUUUUGGGACACCUGCAUUGUAUGAUGAAAGGAAGUGUACUUGACCUAUUUUUCUUUCUGAUAAAUGUUUCUGAUGAACAUUU